AUGUUCAUGUCAUUCAGCUAUCUUCCAGAAGAUGGUAGAUACACCAUCGUCUACGAUCAAGCCAAGUUUGACAUUCGUUGUGUGGAAAACCCAGAACAAUUUUGCACCUCAAUCAAGAGUCUGUUCUACAUCAACCAGAUAAUGAGGCCUGAUUUGCAAGCUCAUCGUCAAGGAUUGGGUUACUUGGUGGAAUGUGGUGGCUACGAAUGGGGGCAAGGCAUGGUUGACUUGCAAGCCUAUGUACGUUUGAUGUCGGAGCUCCACAUCGCGUUUCCUCUUCCAGUGCACAGCGUGAAACACUUCAACACGUCCAUGCUCUUCAAUGUCCUCCUGCCAAUCGUCAAGAGGGCCAUACCCGCAGAGAUGCAAGAGAACUUCGAAAUAGGAUGUACUUUUGCCGGCGGCAUGCGACUGGACCAGUUCUACAUGCUCCCUACACCAGAGGCAGCAUCAGAACGAUUCCGUCGUCAAUUGAAGAUUGCAGCCAAGAUUCGGUACGACAAUGAAAGGAUAUUCACCCUGUAG